AGCCAAUUCGCCUCCAACUGCCCCGGAUAUACGAGAGAUUCGCGCAUUCGCGAGCAACGACCAUGGGGCUUCUCAGCAUUUUGAAGAAGAUGAAGAAGGAGGAGCGUGAGGCCCGCAUCCUCGUCCUGGGCUUGGACAACGCCGGCAAGACCACCAUCCUAAAGAAACUCUCUGAAGAGGAUAUCACCCAUAUCAUGCCGACGCAGGGCUUCAACAUUAAGAGCCUCGUGCAGGAUGGCUUCAAGUUGAACGUCUGGGACAUCGGGGGACAGAAGGCGAUCCGGCCCUACUGGAGCAACUACUUCGAAAACACGGAUGCGUUGGUCUACGUCAUCGACAGUUCGGACCGACGACGUUUGGAGGAAAGUGGCCAUGAACUUUCGGAGCUGCUGAACGAGGACAAGUUGGGUGGGAUCCCUAUGCUGGUGUAUGCCAACAAGCAGGACUUGAUGCACGCCACCCCGGCGGACGAGAUCAGCGAGGUCCUGGGGCUCCAAGGCAUUCAGGAUCGCGUGUGGCAGAUCCAAGCCUGCAGUGCUAAGACAGGUGAUGGCUUACAAGAAGGUAUGGAAUGGCUCGUUCAGGUGGCUAAGAAGGAUUGAUCGGCACCAACGGUGGCACCACGAGGAACCGGGUCCUGCCAGGGUGUUUCAGGGCCACACGCGGCCCUGCCGGCUGAGAGAACUGGGUGCGACCGCAGUGGGUCUGUUGAACUGAAAGCUGCAGUGUAUCCGAUGAAUCAACAUCC